AUGGCGCAGGCAAAUCCCGCUAGGAUUCCGCAGGUGAAUCCGGCAAGGAUUCCGCAGGCGAAUCCCGCUGGGAUUCCACAGGCGUAUCCCGUUAGGAUUCCGCAGGCGAAUCCCGCUAGGAUUCCGCAGGAGAAUCUUGUUGCGAUUCCGCAGGUGAAUCCCGCUAGGAUUCCGCAGGCGUAUCCCGUUAGGAUUCCGCAGGCGAAUCCCGCUAGGAUUCCGCAGGAGAAUCUUGUCGCAAUUCCGCAGGUGAAUCCCGCUAGGAUUCCGCAGGCGUAUCCCGUUAGGAUUCCGCAGGCGAAUCCCGCUAGGAUUCCGCAAGAGAAUCUUAUCGCGAUUCCGCAGGUGAAUCCCGCUAGGAUUCCGCAGGCGUAUCCCGCUGGAAUUCCACAGGCGUAUCCCGUUAGGAUUCCGCAGGCGAAUCCCGCUAGGAUUCCGCAGGAGAAUCUUGUCGCGAUUCCGCAGGCGAAUCCCGCUAGGAUUCCACAGGCAAAUCCCGCUAGGACUCCGCAUGCAAAUCCCACUAGGAUUCCACAGGUGAAUCCAGCUAGGAUGCCGCAGACGAAUCCCGCUAGGAUUGCACAUGCGAAUCCCGCUAGGGUUCCACUGGCGAAUCCCGCUAGGAUUCCACAGGCGAAUCACGCUAGGAUUCCACAGGCGAAUUCUGCUAGGGUACCGUAG